CUCACACUGAGCUCUCAUUAGACAGCACUUAAAGGGCACUCUCUUCCAGCAUUGAGAAAUAGACAUCAAUUGUAGUGCACUCUCCCUGCCCUGAGCUCUCAUUAGACAGCUAUUGGUGAGCUCCCUCCUCCCAUUCUGAGCUCUCAUUAGAUAGCUCUUGUUGAGUUCUCCCUCCUCCCAUUCUAAGCUCUCAUUAGACAGCUCUUGUUGAGUUCUCCCUCCUCCCAUUCUGAGCUCUCUUUAGACAGCUCUUGUUGAGUUCUCCCUCCUCCCAUUCUAAACUCUCAUUAGACAGCUCUUGGUGAGUUCUCCCUCCUCCCAUUCUGAGCUCUCUUUAGACAGCUCUUGGUGAGUUCUCCCUCCUCCCAUUCUGAGCUCUCUUUAGACAGUUCUUGGAGAGUUCUCCCUCCUCCCUACCCUGAGCUGUCAGACUAUACAGAGAGCCAGACAGGGAGCAGUCUGAUUGACAGCUGCAGUCUCCUAAUAAGGGCUGUGGAUGAAUUGACUGUGCUCCCUCACUCACUCAGUGAGUGCCCCUUGCCAUGCACUGCCAGUCCGAGCUCAGGAUGCCCUCUCCCGGGCACAGCAUGGCAGCCAGGAGGCGCUACAAAUCCUUCAUGAUCGAUGAGAUUCUCUCCAAGGAAACCUGCGAUUACUUCGAGAAACUGUCCCUGUACUCAGUGUGUCCGGCCCUGCUGGUCAGACCCAAACCCCUGCACUCCUGCACCGGAUCAUUGCCACACAGAACCUAUCCUCUUCUCUCCGUCAUCACUCGGCAGCCCAACGUUGUCACUCACCUGGUCCCCCAGGCCUCGUCCCCGCUCGUCCAGGUGCUGUCCCCGACACACCUUUCCUCGGGAGGUGUGCGCUCUGAGACCCCGGCCAGCGAAGCCCACCCCAGCAGUGAGUCAGAACUUGAACAAACAGCCCCUCGAGUGAAAAAGCCGCGUCGCAGCCGAACCAUCUUCACCGAAGUUCAGCUGAUGGGCCUAGAAAAGAAGUUUCAGAAGCAGAAAUAUUUGUCAACCCCAGACCGGUUGGAUUUGGCGCAGUCUCUCGGUCUGACACAACUUCAGGUCAAGACGUGGUACCAAAAUCGCAGAAUGAAAUGGAAAAAAAUCGUGCUCAAAGGGGGGCAAGAAGCGCCCACAAAGCCAAAAGGUCGCCCAAAGAAAAAUUCCAUCCCAUCCUCCGAAGAAAUCGAAGCUGAAGAGAAGAUGCACCAAUUGACCCACGCGUCCGAGCUGGAUGAGGAAGAACAUAGUAAAGACACAGGACAAAAACAGAACGCUCACACGUUACCGGCGAGUGUGGAAGAAAAUUGUACAAAUUCAGAGUUACAGUCACCGCUGUUGCCAGGCACACCGCAACCAGAAAUGACAAUCAGUGAUCAGCACUCCUCGAGUUAAAACGGGCCAGGUCACACAGUUACAUAGCCAAAGACUGAGGACAAUUCUGCAUAUAGAGGGGCCCCUGGGAGCUCCCAUUGCCUGUACUGGACAUGAUCAUUGCCAGAACCCGCCCACUAACUCCUUUCAUCUGGAAGGGAAAGGGUUAAACUGCCGUUUGGAAGAACAUAGAGUAAGAAAUCUCCAUCACUAAUGCCCAAGGAGUCUUACUGCGUUGAAAUGACUGGGAAUUUUUGCUGUGUUUGUAAGACAAUCAGACAGUGUAUAUAGUGUUCUUUAUUUUUGUGCCAGGAACUGCCGUUAAAAGAAAAAAAAAAUAUACGGGCAAAUGAAACUGUUUUUCCUUUGAAACUUAGGAAUGCCUUGAUAUUAAGUGCCUUUAUUUUGCAUGAAACUAAAGGGAUAUAUUGAGUGUCUGUCCUCAUUUAACCCUCUCAGAUACUUUGCCACGGAGAGUGAGCAACCAAUUGUACUCAGCAAGGGCUAGACGGGUGAGUAAUAAAAUUAUGCCCAUUAUGUGCCUAAAGGAUGAGCAACAAAUUGUAUCCCAUGAGUGCCAAAGGGUUGAGUAAAACAUUGUAUUUUAUGUGUGCUAGAGGGGCAAUUUGUUUGAUGUUGUGUGUGCUAUAGGGUUGUGUUACAACAUUAUAUCCUGAGUUCUAGAAGGGUUAUACAUUGUACCCUGUAAGUGCCUGAUGGGUGAGAAACAUAUUGUAAUAGGUGAGUGCCAAAGGGGGAAGUAACACAUUACGAUCUAGUAAUAACAUAGGGGUAAGUUAUCCAUUGUACACCUACUGCCAGAGGGGGGAGUAAUGUAUUAUGCCUUGAGAGUGCCAAAGGGCUGAGUAAACCAUCAUUCCCUCUGAACGCCAGAAAAAAGAGCAAUUCUUUCUACUCGUUUACAGUCCAAAGGGCAAAGUAACACAUUGUGAUUUAUCUCCAACAUUUUCCGUGUAUUUGGCAAAUAAUAGAAUUUAACAAUUUUAUUCAUAAAGCAUGUCCUGGUUAACUAUUUAAUACCAGUAGGUCUGUCUGUCCAUGUUUGUUUCCUUUUCCAACUUUUCCAUCUUUGUCCAACCAUCCAUCCUUCCGUCUCUUUUGUUUCGCUACCCAUUUGUCUAUCUCUGUCUAUCUCUGUCUAUCUGUUUCUCUGUCUUUUUGUCUGUCUGUCUGUUUGUAUGGUUGUUGUCUAUCUUUGCUUGUCUGUCUGUCUGAAGGUACUGUUUUGCCCUUGUUUUCUCGCUCCAUGACUGCCAAUGCCAAGCAAUACACACUGAUUGAAGCACAUAAUGUGCGUCUCUUGAAACCCAGAAUUGUAAUCACGUUUGUGGUGUGAGAGCAUGCAUCGUCUCUGUCGCAGGUAGAAAGUUAAGCUAUUUUUCCCCUCUAUCGACUAAUCUUGAUUGCUGACUGUAAUAAAUCUUAUUGUUUUUACCUUAAAGGCAGACAUUUAUUUCUUUCGCUGACCUUAUGGGGUCUUCAAAUAGAAGUUUGGAUGAAUAUUUAUAUUUUAUGUGUAGGAUAGGAGUUAAACAUCAUUAAAUAACUAUAUAUAGCUGCCCUACAUUUAUUACAUACUGUAUAAGAAGUGUUGCUGAAAAAUCACUUAUUAGCCUUGUGUGAACAACAAUUCAUGUUUGUAAGAUUAUUGGUUGCAAGGAGAGAAAGGUUCCCUUUUUAAUAAUGCUCCGUUAUUUUGCUGAUGUAUGUGCACUGUUCUCGUCAGUCAAACUGACUGUGAUCUGUGCGUUUCUGAAAACACUUUAAUCCAUAAAACAAUAAAAUUAAAUCUCGCCACGCCCCGCGGGCGCCCUUUGCCCCACGGAAGGUGCCACGGAAGCGGGUAUAGACCUACGAUUACCAAACAGUGUGAGAUUUAUAGAAAUGCUCGAUGUGUUUACAAACCACUCACUGUAAAAUGAUCACAGUAUCAACUGUAAGAGAGAUAGCUGUGUACCCCACUGUUACAGGGUGUGAACCCCACUUGAUUCUCAUGUAAUAAUUCUGUUUGGGAAAAAGAUUUAUAAUAAAGUGUCUAUUUUUUAAUGAAAAAA